AUGGUGACGACUCUCAACGCCUCCGUGACAACUUGGAUCCGUCACUUACUCGCUUGCAUGGGUGGUUGUUUUGGAUGCUGCACUAAACCCACACCAAUUAUUGCCGUCGAUGAGCCGUCCAAGGGAUUGAGAAUUCGAGGUCGAACUGUUAAGAAACCUGGCAUCUCAGAUGAUUUUUGGAGCAGCAGUACGUACGACUUGGACAAUAGUGCUCUUCAAUCCCAGAGAAGCAUCUCAUCCAUCAGCACCUCCAACCAGACCCUCACCCAUGGCAGUGUGGCUGGUAGCACAAGCAGCCAGUCUGACUUUGUAAAUAAUGGUCUUGUUCUCUGGAACCAGACCAGGCUUGAGUGGAUUGGAAGUGGCAAGCCUAGAAAUCAUACUCCAACAAGUCGGGAAAGCAGAUUAAGUUGGAAUUCAACGUAUGAAAGAUUGGUUGGAACCAAACAGAGACAGUCUUUCACGCAGCGCAUUCCUUUGUCUGACAUGAUAGACUUUCUUGUGGAAGUAUGGGAGCAGGAGGGGCUGUACGAUUGA